UUGAAAGGUUCCUUCUGCGCAGUAGAAAACUAGAAGUCAAAGAAUAAGGCGCGGGGGAAGUUUCAAUUUUGUGAAAGCUUGGUUGAAGAAGGAGAAGCCAUUGCUGUGAAUGGGUUCAGCAAGUCCGAAACACACAUGCCUCAAACUGGAAAUUCCUAAUAAGGAACAAAUAUUCGUGAAAGGCACAUGGUUCUCUUCUUACUUUGACCUCUUCAUCACUGAUGGCCUCCAAUCUUGGACUUGCCAUGGGUCGGAGGAAGAGGUUGAAGAGAGAGCAUCUCAGUGGGAUCAACCCGUUUCGGAGUAUAUUGAUUUGGGUGAAAAGUAUUUAGGAUUUCAACAGCCCGGUUCUAUUUAUGGGUUUGAUGAUGCUGGUACUGGGCAUAAAAGGCUCUCAUGGACAUUUGAGAAAGAAGGCACAAAGCUGGAAUGGAGGUGGAAGUGCCAACCAUCUCCUAAUAGCAAAAAAAUUACAGCUGAUAUCUUGGACUUCCUCAUGGAUGCUAAUAUUAGACUGAGUGAUGAGGUUGUCAUGAAAACUGAGUCAUUUGAGAGGCUGAGGGUGGAGGCAGAAAAAUGUUUAACACAAAGCGAGAAACUCAGCAAAGAGAAAGAAGAAUUUGAAUCUGCAAUAUAUGCAAAGUUUCUUGGAGUUCUGAACUCAAAGAAGAAAAAACUCAGAGAACUUCGCGAUAAGCUCUCGAAACAGGGAACCGCUGUUGAAGAGGACGCACAAUCUACCGACAGAACUGAGACCUUUGAUGAGGGAAGUGAGGAGGAAAUAAGUGGGGAAGAGGUGGAGAAGGAAGAUAUUGGCACUUCUUCAUCCAAAGAUGUUCCAGCCAGAAGGGGCCGGGGUCGAAAGAGAAAGUAAAAUAUCUAAGUAACACCAUUAAAUCUUUUUGAUCAUCCUCUCUUUCUAAUAGCUGUUAAUUUAACUUUCCUUUUCAUAGAGAAUGAGGAUGUAUAUACACUGUUGAACUUGUGAAUAUUUCAAACAUUAGACAUUUUGCCCAAGGUAUUGGUACUAAAUUCUGCAUAUAGUUCAAGUCGAGAGCAUAAUUGAGCAAA